AUGUGGCAACGACGUUCGUAUUACGUGCGCGGGACGCCUCGCAUGCAACGAGCGAGUGAAUUCUCUCCUUUAGAGAGCGUCCCGCUUCAGACCCCCGCCUCCAACAGUGUGGACGCUGCGCCGCCGCGUUUCUCGCAAAGACAUCAGAGUGCCCCAUUAGACUCCCGCCCUCCGCCUCCGCCGCUGCCUUCCGCCCUUCCCGCACUCCUCCUCGUCGCAGCCGCGGCGCUUUUUCCGCUCUUUCUCUCCCUCGUCUCCCCAUUCCCCGCACUAGCCGCCGACCCCUCCGCAACAGCCGCCGCAAGUGGCGCCGCGGCUGGCGCGGCGACGUCCAUAGCCAAGUCGGGUCUCGGGCUGCGCGUCGCGGCGGCGCUGCGCGAGUCGCAUUGGCCCGAUGCGGCGAUCGUGACGUUCAUCGCGUCGCUGCCGGUGGUGGAGUUAAGAGGCGCCAUACCCGUCGCGUACUGGAUGGGCAUGGAGCCGUUGGUAGCUUCCUCACUGGCCGUUCUUGGCAACAUGGUGCCAGUGCCGUUCCUCCUCACCCUCCUCGGUCCAGCCACCACCACUCUCGCCAACCUCAACCCGCGCCUCAAAUCCCUCCUCAACUCCUUUCUGGACCACUCCCGCGCCAAGGCCGCCCCCAUCGCCGAGUUCCAAUGGCUCGGCCUCGCUCUCUUCGUGGCCGUCCCUCUCCCCGGCACUGGGGCAUGGUCGGGGGCGAUUGGUGCGUACAUUCUGGGGAUGCCGUUUUGGGAGGCGCUGACUGCGAAUCUGGCCGGUGUGGUGCUGGCAGGGGUGCUUGUGAACCUGCUUGUCACGCUGCCGCUGGAGCAGGCACUCGGGCUGGCGGUGCUGCUGCUGGGGUUUUCUUCUGUGUGCUGGUCGAUUCUGAGAUGGAUCCGGAAAAAACUGGCUCUUUAG